AUGCUGCAGGCGCAGUGUCAUGCUGUGCUGCAGGCGCAACACGAUGCUUGGAUGUCCUCCUCAGCUCACUCUCCGGCUGCUGAGGAGGAGGAGGGCGCGUGGAUCGUGUCUUCUCAGGACCACGAAAUGCCACAAGCUGAAGUAGAGGCUGCAGAGGAGGUCUUCUCACUGUUUAUGGCUGCAGAGGGCGUUGGCUCUGAGGAUGAUUCGGGUCUGAGCAGCAACUGCAGCAAUGUCGCUGAGAUGGGCGGUUCUGAGGCAUCCAGCACGACCUGUGGUUUCUCUGGCAGCAGCUGCAGCGGCCAGAACUCCAGCGAGGAGCCUUCCACUGCCAUUGCUGUCAACAUCCUCUGCCUUGGUGACUGCAAGCUCAACGGCUAUAACUUUUACAGCAAGCAGUACAGUGAUAGUUCGUUGCUGCUUGAUCUGGUGCUUCUGCUGGUUUCGUUUACAGUGAGCAAGAACGUGGUAACUGCUGUGCAUCUGGCAUCACGGAUGGGUCUGCUAGGUGCAGACCAGAGCUUGGUCAGGGGAACGCCUGCAGCCAGUUGGAGACUGCUCCCUACUCGGCGUCUCCAGCCUGGCAGCACGCGACCAGCAGCAGGAGCGGUUGUGGAGAAAGUGGCAGUGACUGCUUCUGGUGGAGCCCUCAAGCCGUUCCAGGACGGGUCAGCAGGGAGCACAAGGCAGCUGUAUCUGAGUGCAGGUGUGCUGUGUGGAUGGAGGACAAUGGUUGCUCCUUCCAGUGGAGGCUUGAAGGAAGCGGCAGUAGCACCACAGAGGAAGAGGCGGCUGGACUGGGUAGUAGGUGGGACGUGUGGGUCAAGGGAUGUCCGUUUGAAAGUAUUAGGUGCUGGUUCUGGUGGGGGUUUCAUGGAAGGGUCAGCAGCUCAACAGGGUAUGAGGAAGGAGGGUCGGGUUGGAGGUGGAAGGGAAGUGGCGUCAAGAGCAUUGGUUGUUGUUUCUGGUGGGUCAGCUGCUCUACAGAGCAGGAGGCAGCAGCAGGGAAGGCUUGGGGUUGCGACGCCUGGAGUGAGGGAAGCAGCUUCACGAGUGUUGGCUGCUCUUUUUGGCAGUGCCAAGCUGGAAUUGGGUGACGAGGAGAUGGAUGAUGGAGGUGAGGUGGACAUUGAGUGGACUGAACAGCCACCUCUGACGCAUCAGAUGAAAAGUCGCCUCAUUGUCUGUCAAAUGAGCUCGUACCUCGGGUGA